AAAAACGAGAUGCGCAGUUGGAGCCGGAACAAAAUGGAGGACCGGAAGUUAGCCAUGAAGACGACGGAAGUUGAUCGCCACGCGGCCGAGCGACGGAAGAGCUUCCACUACGAGACUCGACUUGUCAAUAAGGAUUUGGAGGAGAACAUCAUAAAAACUACGCCGCGCGUAGAGGAGUAUCUCGACCGGAACCAGAAUCGAUACAACGUUUGGCGUGAGCAAGAAAGGGUCAAGCUCGACCGGAAGUACCGGAGCAUGUAUCGCGACUACCUGACGGAAUAUGCGCAGCUGCAUCUGCAAGAUUACGAAGCACUCGAGCGUGACCGCAUCCGUCGAAAGCAGACCUUACCGAGAAAGACCUUGAUGUGCAUAAACCGGAAGUAAGCAUGCAGGACGCAGAUGGCGUUACCGAAGGAAAAGACAUCUCCGAUGUUAUCAUUGUGGGUAACGAGGCAGCUAAACAAAAAGACAAUUUUACGAAUCGCUAUCGCGGCGAUGAGAUGGUGAAGAUAUCACUGUUGUAAAGUUCAGAAAAUUGAGUUUAGAUAUAAAUGACCAAGCUGGUAAAGAAGUUAUAUAUACAGAAGACGCUGAGGUAACAAAGGCCGCGUUCAAUAAGAACAGACGAAUGACCACUGGUUCAAUAAGCAAAACUGACAUUAGAGAUAGUCGCACCACUGUUUUUGAAGGAAGCGGAAUCGGUUACUGAAGUAAAUGAAGAGCCUGACGAAACAAACCAGGACCAUUUCGAAGAGACUCGAGAAGAAGAGAAACAUCUAAAACCGAUGAAAUCAUUGAUAAGGCAAGCGAAGCAAGUGAAACGGAGAUAAUCGAUGAAAAUGUUUCAAAGACCAAAACGAUCUCAGAAAUUAAAAGUCAUACCGAACCGACGAUUUCUCAGAUUGAAGGAAAGGGAGAAAUCAAUCGAGGUUCCAAGACACCACAUUCUCAAAGACGGACCUCUGGGAGCUCUGGAAAGAAACUCGGUAUAAACGUUCAGGAGGAAACACCUGAUACACGCAGGAGAUCUUCGCAUGCGGGCGAGAAGCCAAUUGGCGUUCCAGCAGAA